CUUGUUGAAGUACCAAUUUUUUAAAUUUCAGAUGGAAGUAAUUAACUAUUUUUUAUAGUGACUUUUUGAAGAACACACUAGCAAGAUACUGAUUUUGUUCCGAGCAUUUGUAAAGAAAGGGUUACGUUUACGGAAGACCAUGCAAGAAAAGGAAGUGAUUUAAUUUGGAAGAUGGAUUCGAUUUCGAAUGUGAAUGGUGCGAUCGUUAGGGAUUUCAUAGCUAAGGAAGUUGCUGAUUGGGACGACGACGUGAUUGCCGUUGCUCGAUUCAAAGCUUUUUCCGGGCAAAGAUGCGAUUGGGAACCCUCUUUCCUAUUCUGGAAACAAUUGAUCAUCAAAAUAGCCACACAUUUUCGCCUCCUCCUCAUUCAACCCUCCCAAGUUAAGAAUGAUUGGUUUAAUCGAGGAGGGUUAACCCCUUUGUGUCUUGACAAUGUAUUGUCUCUAAUGUAUAAUGAAGGUGACAUAACAAGAACUGUGGAUCUUGCGGAUCCAUCGAGUGGGCGAUUCUCCCAACUAGUCAGAAGAGUGAGUAACUUGAUAACAAGACCAGCAACUCCAGACUUUAUGGCUGAACAGCGUGUCAUCGUAACGGCUGUGCUUAAGGAUAAGGCUGCUGGAGUUGUCAAACAUCUAUCUGAGAGUCACUGGAAUCCGUCUUGUGUCGUUACAAUGAAGAAAUUUCAGGACAUAUGUGGAGGGCAGGAGGAGGCAUCUGUAAUAUUGAGGUAUCUGUCUGGGUGCAGAACAGCACAGUAUCUGUCAGUGAACAAGAAAGAUUUUGUUGAGGGAGUGAAAGUUUCUCUUUCAGCUGGAGCAUUAUCUAGCAUCACCAAUUUAGACUAUGAUGUGCUGCACCUGAUCUGGACGACUGAGAAGCUUCAGCAGCAACUGGAUGUGACCGACAGGCGUUAUGAAUUGUUGAGAAAAUCAGCAUUGGCUUCUCUACAAUCUGGGAACAAAAAGUUGGCCCUUAGCUAUGCAAGGGAGCUGAAAUUAGUCACCCAUAGUAGAGAAAAAUGUUCAUCACUUUUGAGCAGAGUAGAGGAAGUACUUGGUGUUAUCGCUGAUGCUGAGUCAACAAAGAAGGUUGCUGAAGCUAUUCAGAUUGGAGCUCGGGCUAUUAAAGAAAAUAAGAUCAGCGUGGAAGAUGUUGAUCUUUGUUUAAGAGAUAUCCAAGAGAGCAUUGAUUCACACAAGGAAAUUGAAAAGAUACUAGAACAAACGCCGUCAUACGUGGAUAUUGAGGAUGAAGAUAUUGAAGAAGAAUUCAAGAAGUUGGAGUUGACUGUUGGGAAAGAAGCUCAAGUUCCUACCCCGGAGAAGACAAUUAACACAGAAGGAAGAACAGGGUCAGAAGCUGCUGAUUUGAUUAGCGAUGCUUUCUCAAAUCUCAAGCUUUCUGACCAUCCAGCUGAGAAGCCUGGAAUCACUCUGGCGGUGUCAGAUGGAGACAAAAUAACAAAAAAGUUAGAAAUGGAAGCUGUGUGAGUUUGAAAAUGAAAAUUAUAGUUAUGCUUUAUUAUAUAUGCAUAACUAUAUAUGCAUGGGUGAUAGCGGUGUCCAUUUCAGGUGUACAGUUAUUGUUAAGGAUAAGUCUCCAGUCAUUUGUAUUUUUAAAUACAAGUAAUUUGUCGCAAUUCACUUCAUUUUUCUUAACAGAGAUAUGCUUUAAAAUUUCA